AUUAGUAUGUCCUACAGCUGCCUUCGAGAAAAAGAAAUACAUAAACAGCAGGGAUACACUAGGUUCAAAAUCGACCUCUCAUUAGAUACAUUUUAAUAUCAAUAAAAAUUACGAUUUAAUAUAUUUUAAAAAAUAAAUAAUGUUUCUUUUUGGUAAGGGGAAAAUUCACGACCAUUCAUUUUGGACUCUCGCGGAGACGCCAGUGACAUCACGCGAUGUUUUCAGUGCUAUGGCGUACCAGGAAGGGGAGUCGCUUGAAUCUUGGCUUAACAAAGCCACCCAUCCGGCAAACAGGCAAGAGGACUGGGAAUACAUCAUCGGCUUCUGUGAUCAGAUCAACAAGGAACUGGAAGGUCCUCAGAUCGCAGUAACUCUACUCGUGCACAAAAUCCACUCUCCUCAAGAAUGGGAAGCGCUUCAGGCUCUGACCGUGUUGGAGGCGUGUAUGAAGAACUGCGGGAAACGGUUUCACAAUGAAGUGGGGAAGUACAGAUUUUUGAAUGAGCUGAUUAAAGUUGUCUCUCCAAAGUACAUGGGUGACAGUGCGCCGGAGAAGGUGAAGAAUAAGAUCGUAGAGAUGCUGUACAGCUGGACCGUUGCUUUUCCCAACGAAGCCAAGAUCAACGAAGCCUACCAGACGCUGAGGAGACAGGGCCUCGUGACACAUGACCCGGAGCUACCGCUGGACAGGACUCUGAUUCCGUCUCCUCCAACACGACCUAAACACCCGGUGUUUGACAACGAGGACAUGGGCAAGCUCCUUGCUGAGCUUCUCCGGAGCAAAAACCCAGAAGACCUUCAGGAAGCCAACAGACUGAUCAAAAACAUGGUGAAAGAGGACGAGGCCCGGGUGCAGAAGGUGUCGAAGCGGCUGAACACCCUGGAGGAGGUGAACAUCAACGUCAAGCUUCUGACUGAGAUGCUGUCCCACUACAAUAAAGACAGCUCAACGGACUCAGACAAGGAGAUCAUUAAGGAGCUGUACGAGCGGUGUGACAAGCUCAGGCGCGCCGCUUUCAAAAUGGCCACAGAGACGGAGGACAAUGACACCAGUCUAGGUGACAUCCUCCAGGCCAGCGACGACCUCUCCAGGGUCAUCAACUCCUAUAAGAAGAUCGUUGAGGGGCAGCUGAUCAAUGGCGACAGCGAAGAACCUCAGUCCACGGCGGGUCACGGCGAGACCGAGACCACGGAUACGCUGAUCGACCUCGCCGGGCUUGACACGCCAAGCCCUCCUCAACCCGCCCCCCCUCCCUGCCUGACGUCGCACCCCAUGUCCGCCAGCCCCCUGCCGUCCCCCAUCCCCAUCCCCGUCCUGCCUCCUCCGCCCAAACGCCUGCUGGGAUCCCAUGGCAGUCAGAGCAGCAGCCCGAGUCACCCCCCCCUCGACAAGGCCUCCACUGCACUGUCUCUCCUCGACGACGAGCUGCUGUCUCUCGGACUCAAUGACCCCCCGUCCUCUCUGAGCAGCCAGUCUAAACCCAGGUUGGAUGAAAUCUCCAAUCAGUGGACUUCCUUACAGGCACCAGCAACAGGUGUGGAUUUGUUCGGUAGCCUGGCCUGUUCAGGUCCCGUCGUGCCCCCAGCUGAACCAGCUGCCACGUACAGUCUGCAGAACCUCCAGGACCUGGCUAUGCUGGGGUUUUCUGAUCAAAAGAGUUUGUCCAGCCAGAUGACAGCCAGAGGAAACACCUUUGGGAUCCCCGCAGCAGCGCCUGUCUUCAUGCCUGGGCAUGGCUCUCCUUCCUCAACCUCUCUUCUCCAGGGCACCAUGCCCGGCUCUCCUGCCCUGUCCCAUGCCAAGGCCCAGAGCCUGGGCUCGGCCCCCGGGAGCCCGCUGUUCCGCUCUCUGUCCCCCUGCCACCCUCCCCUUCAAGGCAGCCCGGCCAGAGGAACAGACAUCUCCCUGAGCAAUGUGCACGUCCCUCUGGAGGCCAUCAGACCGAGUAAAGUUUUGCCUGUGACCGCCUACGAUAAGGACGGCGUUCGCAUGUUGCUCAACUUUGCAUCAGACUGCCCCCCCGGCAGGCCUGACGUGUUGGUAAUGGUGGUGUCCAUGCUCAAUACCGCACCCCUGCCUGUUCACAGUGUGGUCCUGCAAGCCGCUGUGCCCAAGUCAAUGAAGGUCAAGCUGCAGCCCCCGUCAGGAACAGAACUGGCCCCGUUUAACCCCAUCCUACCCCCAGCCUCCAUUACCCAGAUCAUGUUGCUGGCCAAUCCCACCAAGGACAAGGUGCGUCUGCGCUACAAGCUAGCUUUCACGCUAGGAGACCGUCUGUGCAACGAGGUCGGGGAGGUCGACCAGUUUCCCCCACCAGAGACGUGGGGUCACCUAUAGCGGCACGCGGGCCUGAUACUGCUCAGCAAGGACAGGCCGGCUCAUCCUCCAUGAUGGGGUGUGUGCGUUCAUAUCCAUCCCAGAGAGAAGGCAGGGGAAGGUGGGGUAAUUCAACAGCACCAUUCAGCUUUACAUUCCUCAUGGUUGUUAAUUUAUUUUUUUUGAUCAUUGUUAAUAUUGGCAAACACUUUAAUGUACACAGUCCUAGCACUUUUUUGGCAGACAGCUAACAGCGAAGACCUGCACCGGUUGGUACGAUAGCCGCGGUGCUCACAGGUAGAGAGAAAUAUUUUCAUGGAUUUUCUCUAAAAAUUAAUCACAGCAGAUUUACUCUAAUAAAUAAUCAAGGCGUCGAAGCAAUGCCUCAGACUGAAACACUGCAUCUGAAAAGGAAUGAAUGCUGAAGUUCAUGUUGUCAAAGAGCCAGCAGACGUGCUUAUUAUUCAGCCUGCGAGAUGUAUACUUGAACAUAUCCAGAGAUGUGAAAAUCUAGAUUUCUACAGAUGAUGGAGAAUUCAGUGACAUAUCAUUAAACGUACAAACGUAGACUGAUUUGUGCAUUUUUGUUAUUUUAGCCUCUUGCUCUCGCUUGAGUAAAUUGUCUUUAAACUAGUUAAUAAAGGCCUGUGCUACUUUAGUGGACCAACAGUAUUGUGCUGUAAAGGCAACGAAAUCCAUGUAAAGUGGUUGUGUAGUUCAACACUGGUAAUUUUUUUUAUUUUUUAAGUACAUUUUAUGCCCAGAUCGUCUGCAUCUCAGUCAUGCUUUAAGCACUGGAGUUCUGGUUUUGUUCUAUAUUUAAAUGUUUAUUCUUCUACCUGUGUCAGUGUUGAGGGUAUUUCUGUCAUAUUUAUUAUUUUCUGUUCAUAGAAUUUUAAUGCAUCUCUCUGAACAAAUUACAGUCCGUCACCAGGCAGAUUGCUCUCCAGUUUGCAGCAGUGGUACUUUUACUGGUACUGUUGUAUUUUCAUAAAUCCUUAAUCCUCCCUUACACUGGAUUCAUAAAAUACUCAGACGACUUACUUUUUGCACACGUUUGAGUUGAAGAUUUGUUUUUAAAGCGUCUAAUUCAGCCAUUUUUGUCCCUUUACUUACACUUUCUGUUCUGUUUAACUCUGUGGUUUGGCUGAGAACCGUCCCUCUGCCACUAUUCAUAGUUUUGCCUCAUAGUUCCCUCUCUGCACUUUUAUCGUUUUCUUUUCCUCAAAGACCUCGCUGGGUUUUGGUGCAUUUCUCCUUUCCUCAGCUCUGACCAGUCUUCCCAUCCCUGCUGCUUUUGAAGCGCCCCCCAUAACAAACCAUAGGACGCUCUCAAUGUUCUCAAAGUCCUUUAAAGGAAGUUUGACAAAGGAGGCCUCUGUCUAGCACCGUAAAAGUCAGGUUUAUUAAGUUUACGAGGGGGACGCUUACGCGGUCGUCCUUCUGGCAGAUUUUGUGCGAGCAAAGGUUUUUCUGACUCAGUGAAGAGCGACCUCUUGGCUUUCGACCAUGUCCCUCACAAAGGACCUACUUACUUGUUACUUUCAUUUCAUAACAUGAGCAAGAGUCCCAAAAUUCUUCCUUUUUGCACUUAUUAAAGCCUUUGAUACAGUUGUAUCUAUGAAAGUAUGUACUUUCUAAACUAUGGCUAGAUCCCCCACAGUUUACCACAAAUGAACUACAAUCAGGUUAUUAAAGCAAACAGGACUGGUUGACCACAAUCUGGAGCAGCAGCAAAGGAUCUGGAUCCUUUUUUUUUUUUUUUUUUUUUUUUUAAAAUGAGAGAUUCCAGAGAUGAUUUUAAACUGUGCAUUAGUGGUUAGGGGAACAGACGACACACUAAAAUGCUUUUGUUUUGUCAGUAUGGGCAAGUAUGUGAUCAAUGUGCAAUAAAAAAUCAACAGUAAACUUUGUGCAAAAAGCAGAGGGGCCUGAACAUUGCCUCCUCUGCUCCUCCCAGCUCAUCGUCAUAUUGGAUGUACAGAGCCGUGUGUCUAAUGUACAUAGUAUGUAAUGUUACGUACCUGCCGUUUGUCGUACGACGAGUGACGUGAACAUGUGACGUGUAGAUUUUGGGAGAGUGUCGAGUCUGUACAUAGCUGUAUCAUGUGCCAUUUGUCUGCUGCAUGACAUGAAUAAAUAGAUUUAAAAAAAAAAAAAA